CAAAUGUUUGUUCAAUAAGUAUUUUGGUGGUCAUUGUAUAUAAUAUUUUUGCAGACGGAAAAGAAAGUUGGGCCAGGCUCUUGGUGAACAUUUAAACCGAAGGACUUGUCGCCAGGACCUAUUCGAGUGCGAAAGCAGGCAGCUUAGGUCCUGCAAGCGGCUGGAGUCGCAGCAGUCAGAGCUGAAUCGUCCUUUCCAGCUGAUUACGUUACCCUGGCAACCAGCAAGAAGUACAACAAACGAGCUACUCCAUUCGAGAUCCAUUCCCGCAAUCUGUGCAGCACUGCUGGGACAUCCUCACCUCACCUUCGACCUUGACGAGCAUACAAAGUGCUUGGAAGCAAUCCAUUUGAAAUGGCGUGCUCGGUGACGCCACAUCGGGCCAACCUGGUGCUGCAGAUGCUGCUGCAGGCCAAUACCUAUGUGUCCAUGGUGUGGGCCAUGAGCUACAUGAUCCACAUGCUCAUACGCCUGAAUUACUUGUGGAACCUGGAGGGCCUGUCCAUGCUGGUGGCCUACGUCCUGGCGGUGUCCGCUGAAGCGAUGCGCCUGUACGCCGGCUACUCUGUGAACCUGUGCUCUGGCGCCACCGCCAUGUGGCUGCUGCUCACAGUGACACCCUGCAUCCUGCUGCCCGCCAUGGUCUUCCUUCGCCUCGCAGCUGCCGGCCGCAGCUUAUGGCUACGGAUCAUCACGAACGCCGUGUUCGCGCUGAUUGCACUCGAGGUGAUCGUGUCCCUGGUGCACUUUGUCAUCUGCAAGCCAGGCGGUAGGAUGCCGCUGCACCUGGAAGAGGAGGAGCCGCCGGAGGAGGAGCAGCAGCAGUCCGCCAGUGUGGGAACGCCCACGAGCAGUGAGCAAAAGCGUCGCGUGCGACGCUCCCCAGAAUCGAAGUGAUGAGCUGAGCAGCUGCAGUUUAUAAGUAAGGCUCUGAGGUUUACUUGGACAUUGGCAUAAAUAAUAAAGUAGGUUAAGCUAUUUAAGCUAAG